UUGGUGUGGAAGGUGUCACAUGUAAACUGUCCAUCACCACUAGUAAUGUCCGCGGUUGAUAUUACAAUAGAGUAGAUAGCAAAGUCCAAAGUGUCCCUCAGAGAAAUGCCUCUGCUAAUACAAAACAGGGGAAUCGAGUGUCCAGGCUCGACGUCGGAGUUUUUCGACAGAUAUCCUCGUUUGCAGGAAAAUGCAAGAGCAUUUUGUUCCAAGCCACCUGUCCAUGUAGACCCUAAGUGCCUCCUCUACAUCCAACAAAGAGAGUUUGCUGCAACCACACCAGCGGACAAUUCAGUUUCUGUCAUUGGAUCUGAUGAUUCCACCACCUGCCACAUAGUUGUGGUCCGACACACAGGAAGUGGGGCUGUUUGCCUUGCACACUGUGAUGGCUCUAGCACCUGGAGUGAAGUCCCACUAAUUGUAAAAGCAGUCACAUCUUUGAGUAAGCUCACCAAAGAAGGCAGACUUGAGCUCUACCUUGUUGGAGGAUUUAAUGAUGAGUCAAAGACCUCCCAUAAACUCAGCCUUAGUCUUUUGGCAGCAUUUCAGAAACAGAAAGAGGAUAUUCACCUUGAGAUUUGCUGCAUUACAGAAAUGAAUGACGUUAUCGCAAAUGGAAUUCACAGACCUGUGGUGUAUGGAAUAGGUGUAAAUGUCAAAACUGGAGAAGUUUUUCCUGCCUCAUUCCCGCAAAAAGGACCUGCAGAAGAGCUGCGUUCAGCACGGACCUUCACAGGGGGACAGAUGGCUGACAUAUACGACUCAAGUCGAGGACUCGUUAAAAUUGGUCCUUGCAAAUGGUCUCCAAAUCUGGAUAUUGCCUUUUGGUUGUCACAAAAUGAUGACACAAUUUUAAAGUACCUGUCCACCUCCCCAAUGGCAGAGCCACCACACUUUGUCCAGCACAUUAAGUCCACCAUUCAGUUCCUCUUGGAACACCCUAACUCGGAUAGCCUUUUCCCUGGGGGGCAGCCCCAGCUUUACCACAGAAUGGAGCAGGGGGAAUGGAAGAGGGCCUCUUAGCCUAUCCCACCCCCAUCCUGUGCCAUACCUUUUUUAAAAAGGAAAAUGACUGCAUUGCCUCUUGGAUUUGAUGAAGAUACUAUGACCACCUCUAUCCCUAAUACCGAAUGUUAUGGCUGUCUUUUUUUUUUAAUGUGGCAUUAAUAUGAAGAUGUCAAGUUUGAGGUGUGGCUUGAAUGGAAUGGUGCAUUGUGUUGUGUGUGUUGAUAUCUGAAAAUAACUCUUGACUCAACUGGCUGGCCCCAGUGGAUAGAGUAGAAGCACAGGUCAUUUGGCCCUGUGAUGGUUACUCCUGUGAGGAGUAAAACCAAUGUUUGCACCUUCUACCGCCUGCUGGAUUGCACUAUGUAUUGGAAAAACUCAGUCUUAUUACACUUGUCUGUUGCUCUUGUGUCGACUUAUCAUACAAGUUGGCGGACAGUUGAACUUAAACAAUGGAUCUGCUAUGGCCAUCAAUGAUCUGAGCAAAGAAUAAUGUACUUGUAAACUUUCACAAAUGCCCAGCAGAAUUGGUAUUACUGACUUAAGGGUUAUUGAAGAGCAUAACCUGCCACCCAAUGGCUGCUGUGAUGGGCUGCAACAUCCCGGCGACCCUGAGAGCAGGAUAAGCGGUUUGGAUAAUGAAUGGAUGGAUAACGAGAUUUAAAUUUUUCCAUAAACCCGUUCUCAAUUAUAGUGAAAUAUGAUAUUUCAUUUCAUGCAUAUACUGGGCCAAGAAAGCAUACUAUUUGGUUAAGGGUCAGUGUGUAUAAGAAUGGUCUUGUGCAAGGAAUGACUUGCAUUCAGUAGAAUAUAAUUUCCUUAAUAUGCUUUGUCAAACCACAACAAAAUCACAUCGUUUUAUUUGUCAGCCUGAAACAACAUUCAACUUAAUGCCUUUUCAGCAACUACGCUGUAUGUCUAUUGUUAUGUGCUUAAAGUACUGUUUUGAUCAAUUUGUUGAAUAAUCCUCUGCAAUGAUCAUACAGUUCGCUGAAUAAAUGUAAAUAGGCCAAGUCCAUUUUGAAAUGUUUCUUUUUCAUCUGUAUACCUUUUAUUUGUCCUCUAUGAAUAGAAAUUAAUGUGAAUGACAUUUAAAGACUCAAGAAAUUUUUUUGAAAUACUUUUGUAUCAUUGUCUUGGCUAGUGGGAAUAUUGCUCACAAGAGUGCGGGCGCAUAGCUGUGGGUGCCCACCCAUUUGGCACUCAGGCCCACCCAAUCAGAAGGCUUCCCUUUUUUGCUGGCACAUCCAGUGAAUAGAAGUCAAUUAAUACUCUUGGUAAAACAACGGCGUAUUAGAGCCAUUGUAGGAAGAAAAAAAUGUUUUUUACGGAGCCGGAGGAGGGGGUAAUGUUCCAAGAAAAA